CUCACGGCGUUCCUUUCUUACCUGAGAUUUUAAACUCGAGGACAAGGUGAGAGAUGCAUAUUUUCUUUUUAUAAUUUCGUAAAUUCGUUAGCACCGGAAAGGAAUUCAUGGAAGCGAAGAUCGGAAGGUUCUUUGAGUCCGUAGGCGACUUCUUCUCAGGCGGUGAUCAGAUUCCUUGGUGCGAUUCCGACAUUGUCGUUGGUUGUGAGCGUGAGGUUGCUGAAGCUGAAAAAGGUUCUAAAGAUGAACUAAAACAUGAGUGUCACAUGCGUUUAUCAUGGGCUCUUGUUCAUUCAAGGAGACCUCAAGAUGUACAACGUGGGAUAGCAAUGCUUGAAGCUUCAUUGGUGGGUACAAACAGCCCAUUACAAACAAGAGAAAAGAUGUAUCUACUUGCUGUUGGAUAUUACAGAAGUGGGGAUUACUCUAAAAGCAGACAACUUGUUGAUCGCUGCUUGGAGGUUGCACCCAACUGGAUGCAGGCGUUGAAUCUUAAAAGAACAAUUGAAGACCAUAUUAAAAAAGAUGGUGUAAUUGGCAUAGGCAUUGCUGCAACCACCAUUGGGGUUGUGUUUGGUGGAAUUGUGGCGGCAAUGGCUCGCAGGUAGCACCACCUCAAAUAUGUUGUCUGGAGAUGCACCAGCGCGAUGCAGGAGAAAUUUGAUAGUUAAAAAAAAAUUAUUAUCAUGCAAAUUGUAUUUGAUGUUAUAGGAAGAAAUGAAAGGAUGUUGUAAACAAAGGAAAUUGAAAAUCCAGUUUUAAGAAAAGGCUCAAUGACACCAACAACGUUACUUGAAUUUAUUU